UUGCAGGACAACUACACAGCUCUACAUGUUGCUGUGCAGUCGGGAAAGGCAUCGGUGGUGGAGACGUUGUUGGGAUCUGGAGCUGAUAUUCACGUUACCUUUCUAGCUGCAUCGCUAAGUGGACCAGAGUCUCGCGAGUGUGCGAUGAUGCUUCUGAAGUCCGGUGGACAGCCUGAUGUCGCUCAGGAGGACGGUGAAACUUGCUUGCAUUUGGCAGCUCGCAACGGCAAUAAGGAAAUAAUGAGGCAAGAACUUUCGCUCAUUCUUGCAAAUGAGCGUCAAAAACAGUCUUGGCUCUUACUGAACGAGAACGCAAACCUGCAGUUGAUGUCGAAUAACGGUGAGACGCCGCUGCAUGUGGCCGCCAAGUCUUGCAAUUACGAGGCUGCACAGAUGAUCGUCAAUCAUAUGGCCCAAACUCUUAGUCCUGAAGAAAUUCGCAAAUACAUCAACAAACGGACCAACGUGAGUUACCACUUGUGA